GGAGUAUAAUAAUUUUAACUACGCAUUAAACUAUCCUAGUACUUCUACUCCAAUACCCAAUAAUAACGCAGAUAAGCAGCGCAAACGAUCUAGUAAAGCUUGCUUGCAUUGUAGGAAGAUAAAAUCUAAAUGCGCGAGGCCAAAUAAUGCUCUAGAUGGCCCCUGCGAGAACUGCUUGAAUGCUCAUGUUGGGCGCUACAAAGAAGAGAGGUCCUCCUAAGGGCUAUAUAGACACUCUCAGUGAUAAGCUCGGUCGCCUUGAAAUCGUGAUUACGAGAUUAGCGAAAUUACCAAAUGCAUCCGGCAUCUUGGAUUCUAUACGGACUCAAGAUGCUAUUACAGCCAGUAUCGUUGAUAGCAUUUUAGAUAAACAAUUACAUGAUGCUGUACCGACUUCGGCCGUUAAUCCCACUCAAAGGAGGCGUUUGAAUAGCUUACAAAGUCUACAACUUGAUGUUAAGCCACAAAUUGAGGAAUUGGAGGACAGCUCAGAUGAAGUCACUGAUAGUCUCGGUCAACUUUCCAUCGAUGAGAAUAGCAAUAUUCGCUACCACGGGAAGGCAUCAGGUUUACACCUUAUCACCAACAAUAAGCGUCAUGAGCAGGGUAUAUGGAAUUUUCCGGCACCAGGUAUUUGGCCAGCAAGCCAUGAAUUAAAGAAGCUUACCCAGAAGGAGGUUGUUCGCUUAUCAGGUGCAAAACAAUGUCUCCCAGAUAUUCAAGUACAAGAUAAACUAAUUGAAUUAUAUUUCUCCUACGUACAUCCCGUCAUUCCAAUCAUUCACAAAGGUUGGUUUAUGACUAAUUUCAAGGCACCAGAAAACGAUGAACGCGCUGAUGAGUUACUACCGACUUUGCUCUUAUUAUGUGUUUUUGGCGUUGCUAGUAGAUACUCUGCAGUCAAUAACCCCGAAUCCCCCGCUCUUUGGGCUGCCGGUACCUUAUAUAUUGAACGGGCGAGGGAAAUUGCACAUCUCGAUCAUCCAAAUUCUAGGCUCUCAAGCGUACAAGCUUUCCUUCUGCUUACUUAUAGGAGUGUCGGAUUGGGUGAUAUGAAAAGUGCCUGGAUGUUCCUCGGUCAUUCGGUUCGUAUGGCCGAAGACCUUGGCUUGCAUAGAGAUGUCAGCCAUUUCCAUCCAAACGGCAGAUUACGCUUGAGUGACGUCCAAGUGGAAGCUCGCAAAAGAACCUGGCACGGUUGCGUUAUUCUCGAUACUUAUAUUUCGAGUUACAUUGGCAGGCCAACCGCGAUACGUGCAAAGGAUUACGACACUAGAGGCUGUAAGGAGGAUGAAAUUGAAGAGAGCGAGGCAUGGCAACCGGUUGAGGCACAUGUUACAUGUUCAAGAGACGUCUGCGACCUCAGUGAUCAGGAUUAUCCUUUCAAUUGGGCAAUUCCUCAAACAGGUCAUGCUUUAUCAUGCUUUAAUCAAUUAAGUAAACUAUCAGCUCUCGAGAACAAAAUAUUAGAAAGCUGUUACUCUAUAAAAGAAAAAACAAACAGUGAGGCAGCUCAAAUGAGCUUACACGAGUUGCAUAAAAGUGUAGAUAAAUGGAGCAUUGAUCUACCACGCCAUUUGAAGUUCCAAGCAUCCUCGCAGAGAUUGCCACCGCCAAAUGUUCUUACACUUCAUACGGCAUUCCACUGUACACUCAUUUUGCUCCACAGACCGUUUGUUGAUAUACCGUCUCAUUAUCCAAGCCAUCAAAUUAUGACAAUGGCAGCUAAUUCGAUAACAUCGAUAGUAAACUCGCUCAAUCAUCGCCAUGAUUUCUUAAAUAAGGCUCCUAGUUUAUUAAUUUACCACGUUUUUACGGCUGGUAUUACUCACUGCUUCAACUUGAAGUACCCGGAUAUAGAACCUGUUGCCAGGCAAAAUCUGACUAAAACAAUGGAAGCUCUCAAAGCGAUGGUAAUUACAUGGCCAGCUGCAGGUAGAGCGUAUGAUAUGCUUACGGACGUGUAUGAUAUACAACAAAAUCAAUCAUUGGAUGAGAUUACGGAUAAUGGUCCAAGAGGAAUCAAGAGAAUGAUGAUGGAGAGUACCGAACAACAAGCGAAUAUGGGUAUCAACUUCAGUGAUGUUUUCCCUUGUCCGACGGAACCACUCUUACCACAAGUACCGACACGCCAUCCUGGUGUUAGCACCUUAAAUAAUGAACUCUCGGAUAUAACAAGCGAAGGUCCAUUUACGGGAUCCUACUAUAUGGGCAUGCAACAACCUACCAUGCUACCAGGUCAUAAUCUUGGUUCGUUACCGCCGAUCGUUUCAGGCCCACUACCACAUAUGCCAAACUUUCAUUCGCCGAACGAACAGAUUCGUAGACAGUCACAAAAUUUCUACGACUUCAACACACCUUCGCAAACCCAGGGAUGGGAUAUGUAACGAUAUAGCUUUUCAUAAUUGUACUUUAAUAAAUUAUUAUCUC